AUGUUCGCGAGCUCGGGCCGAGCGGCGGCGUCGCCCGCCGGCGUCGCGACGGACCUCCGCUUCGCCGCGACUCGAGCGACGCCGAGAAAACAAAAAAGAUGCGCACAAACGUCGCGCCUUCUCGCCGCGCGCACCCGGUGCUCCCACCCGGCGCGCGCCGGCCGCACGCCGGGCGAUCGAUUCACGCGUCGCGUCGCGGAGUUGAACGAAACGAGGGGCGAUCGAACGCGCGCGGAUUCCGUCGCGGGGGGCGAGGCGGGAGGCGCGUCCUCGUCGGGGCGAGCCGGGCCAGAUCCUCCAACCUCCUCGGGAGAUGAUUCGCGAGACUGGGGCAUCGCCAAGGAGCACGACGCGGGUGACUCGGCGGGGAACGGGACCGGCGAUCUCGACAUCGCCGCGCUGCUGUCGCGCGCGGACGGUGCGGUGCACCAGGCGUUCGUGUCGCUCCUGGGCGGAGAUCUGGACGCCAGGGUCCCCGCGCGGCGCCCGCCGAGGCUCGGCGCGAUGGUCGAAAUCGCCGGUCCGUGCCCCGAGCUCAACUGGCACCAGGCGACGCGCACCGACGCGCAGCGCGAGGAUCUCGUGCGCUCGCUCUCCACCGGGCGGUUCCGCGAGCCCGUCAUCCUGCGCGGCGCCGCGGACGAGUGGCCGGCGGUGUGCGACGCGUCCAGGGCGUGGACGCUCUCGAGACUCGUCGCCGAUCACGGAUCAUUCGUCGGCGACGUUCGCGAGCGAUCGCCGUGCGGGUCGGCGGCGAACGGAGUCCCGAAGGACGCGUACGCCUACGUCGAGGAGGCGCACGAGGCGGUUCGCGCUGGUAAGUUCGCCGCGCCGUCGAGGACCGUCAAGAUGUCCCUGCGCGACGCCGCGGCGAGGAUGGUGCGCAACGGCGACGGCGAAGGGGGGGUGUACGUCCAAGCGGAGCUCUCGCGUCGCUUGGCGAUUGAAGCCGGGUUAAGGACGAACGACGAGGAGGGCGACGCGGAGGGCGAUGCAAACCCUAAGGGCGAUACAAACCCUAAGGGCGAUACGAACCCUAAACCCAUGGAGCCGUGGCGGAGCAUGGACGCCGCGGGAUGGCGAGAGACGCAACCGCCGAGGCUGUGGCUCUCCGCCGCCGGGAGCGUCUCGCCGUUGCAUUUCGACUCGAGCGCUUCGACGCUCGCGCAGGUCACCGGUACCAAGCGCAUGUUGCUGUACCCGCCGUCCGUACUCGCCAGGGCGCAUCUCUACCCGGACUGGCACCCGCUGCGGCGGCGGAGUAAGGUCCAGCUGGACGCCGACUUGGCACCCGACGUGGCGAAGAGAGCCUUCCCGAGGUGGACCGGCUCUCGGUUCGCCGCCGACGUCGAGGAGACGCGGGGCGGGCCGGCGGAUGCCACGUCGGAUGCCACGUCGGAUGCCACAUCGGAUGCCAUGUCUGCGUCCACGUCAUCGCCCGCGAAGACCGCGUCUCCUCCCGGCGCGUGGGAGGCGGUACUCGGGCCCGGCGACGUCCUGGUCUUCCCGCCCCGGUGGGCGCACUACACCGAAUCUUUGGGCCCGGAGACGUGCGCGAGCGUGACUCGCCGGUUCAAGACUCCCGGCUUUGACGUCUCUGACUUUGCCGAUACGUUCUCGCACCCGACGCCGAACACGUUGGAUUGGCCCAGGGGCGUCACCCCGGAGUCGCUGGAGCGCGGCGCUAGGUUCGCGCGGUGGAUGGAGCGACGCGGACUCGUGAGUCACGUCGGUUACGAUGAUAAUCACGACGAUGUAAACGGGCCGUCUUCGUCGGAGGGGAGACGGGCGCUGCGUCAGCUGGAAACCGCGGGCGUGGUUCGACCCAUCGGCGUCCCGCUGCGGCUCGACGCGUCGUCGGGGGCGGUCGUGCCGGAGUGCUGCGCGAUGGGCAAGGUUUAUAACUCGAGAAGGCGCGCGGGUGGCGACGGCGGCGAGCGGGGCCGGGGCGGAGCCGCGCAGUGGUCGGCGCAGUGGUGGGCCGCGGCGACGGACGCGUCACGCGUCAUCGCGGAGACGUUCGACGGCGAUCAAAAAUUCGCAUCCGCGGUGCAGCACUCGACGGAGUCCCCGGUGGUUGGGACGUACGCGCGCGGGAGCGUGGCGAGGGGCGAAGCCAGGGCCGGGGUGAGCGACGUGGACCUGGUGACGGUGUGUUGGGGUCACGACACCGCCGACGGCGUGCGAGACAUGGCGCGGUUGAAGCACAGGUUGCGCGUGCGGCUCAACUCGACGCCUCGCGGGGACGGCAAGUCGGCACCCGGGGACGGAUCACCCGGGACGCGAAAGCCGAACGAAGCGCGGGGCACCACCCCGGACUCUUCGUCGGGUGAAAAAAACUCGGGAGAAAGCUCGGGAGAAGACUCGUGGCUCGGGCGCUGGGGUCACCUCGCGACCAAGGCGGACGUCCGCGUGGUCACCGUCCCGCCCCCGCCGCACCCCGCCGGCGUCGCCCUCGCCGCCGCCAUCGCCGGCGAACCCCUGGCGAGGCAGCCGCCCGACGCCGUGGAGGCGCUCGCGCAGUGCCUCGGCGUCGAGACGAUGUUCGUCCUCGCCGUCGAGUGCGCGCCGAUUUCCGGCCCGGACCUUCCCGCGCUCCUGCCCGCGUCCGCCAGAAUCCCGCCCCCCGCGCGGUGCCUCGAGACGCUGAACGCGGACGUCGUGGACGCGCUCGCGGACGGGGGCGAGCGGGCGCUGACGUGGGCGCUGAAGCGGUGCGUUCGCGCGGCUUUCGAACGAGAACACUCACGUACGAGACUUACGUCGGGAGACGUUACGUCAAGUCACCUUACUGGAGCGAACGCGAACGGUCGCGGCGCAAUCGGCGGCGUGUACACGCGGGACCUGUACCACUGCGCCGGACUGGCGUCGGACGCCAGGCCGGAGCUCGGGGAGGAUUUGGCCGCCGCGCUCUGCGCGGCGGUGCACGGCCCCCGCGCGGUUUGGGGCGCGCUCUGGUACGCGUGCGGCGGCGCGUUGUGCGUGCGACUGAGGGACGCGAUCGCGUACGACAGAGUCGGACCGCGAUGACGCGGUCGGUUGACACGAAGGUUGAGACAAAGGUCGAGACGAAGGUUGGGACGAAGGUUGGGGAAAGAGUGCGACGACGCGACCCGGCGAAGGGCGACGGAGCGAGGGCGGGCGCGAGACGAGACGGAAGCUGUAAAUGAUACCCUCCGCGCGCGACAUCUUAUAAAUAACACGUAUAGAAGGUGACUCG